UACCGUGUACGCUGUUCGUGUUCAUUUCCUUUCUUGGUGCUCGGAUCGUUCGCAUCGAUCGCGAAUAUGAGCGUGAAAAAUAUUUGGUCGGUCGGUGUUUUUCUACUGGUACUCUUCGUGAUAAUCGGGACGUCCAUCUUGCACGAGAGGAAACUCAUAAAGCAGGAUUAUCGAGAAGCUGUCGAACCAGAUACGCACGACUACGUAAUUAAGAAUAAGAAGGAAUUGAAACUGGCGAAAAUCGAAACUAUCGAUGGGAAAAAGUCUCGAACUGACGAUUUCGAAAUUAAGGCAGCGCCAACUUUCAGGAUACCUCCCCAUCGAAUGUGGCACGUGGUGGGGAUACAUUCUCCACAUAACAGGGAGUAUCGUUCGAUCGUGGAGCACGAAACGGAUAAAGGGAUCGAUGUGGAGUACAAGGGCAGAGCGGAGAGGAACACGAGCCAAGCUUCUUCGAACGAGUUCAAAGACACGAAGAAAAGCUACAAGAAAUUGAAACUGAUUCGAACUCGGGCUGAUUACAAGAAAGAGUGGAAGAACAAAGAACAGUUGACCUAUUCGAACGAUGAUAAAUCGAUAGGCGUGACGAAGAAAACAAUCGGUCGGCGUCACGCGGAUUAUUUCGCGGAUCGAAUGAACAGAUCGAGGCGUUACGCCAGGGAUUUGAAAGAUGACAAAUCGGAUUAUUACUCGAUGAGGAAAGCGGUUAUGGACAAAUUUUACGCUCGCCAGAAAGAGAUAGCGAAAAAGUACGCGAAAGAGGUAACCACCACCCACAAGCCUACCUAUAAUUUGCAACAAAAAUUGGAUAAGAAUAAUACAUCUUCAUUCGCUAAAAUUAAAACGAAUGAUAUUCGAAACGAAAUAUCCCCUAAGAUUACGACGAAUAAUAUACAGAGUGUAUCUUCUUACGCUAAGAUUGGGACGAAUAACGUUCAAAAAAUUGACAACACGUUCGAGGCUCGAAGUAAGAGAAGGAAAAAUUUCGAUGAAAAUUCUAUUUUAAUUUCCACCUAUUCUCCCAAGAUUCGAAAACAAGCGAUAGAAACGACAACGAUAUCUAGUGAUACGGAUCGAGUCAUAAAAGAGACGUCGAACGUGUAUCACAAUCGUUUGAACAACGACAACAAAGUUAACAGCAAAAGUGACAAAAAUGAUUCGAUAAACGACAACAAAAACGACGACAAUGUUCUGAAGUGGGGUAUUUGCUCGGGUAAAUUGAUAUAUCAGCACAAUUUGAUCAUCGAUACGAAAAAUUCGAUACAGAGUAAUAUGGAUUUAACAACGACGUUGGAGGGUUCACUGUGCGUCACUUGCAUCAGAAUCGUACCAGUGAAGAACAAAAAUGCCACGUUGAAUAUCGACGUGAAUCGUAACAACGAUGGCAGUAUAAGCUCCUUAAUGUUUAUCGCUAAGGGGUUGAAGAAUAUGGAAUUUUUAUACGUAAUUAAGAUCUGGGCCGUGAGGAAGAUAAACGAUCGCUGCGAUCAUGUCGAAACAUAAAUCUAUACGUUUCCUAUAACGUUUUCCUGU